UCAGGCUCAGAACUUUCUCUCUGCCAUCAUUUGAGCUUCUUCUUCUUCUUCUUCUUCUUCUUCUUCAGCUUUAAGCUACUUUUGAUUAAUUAAAAAUUAUCCAGAAAUGGCUGCUUCCUCACUUCUCAGAUCAAGCUUUCUCCUUCCUUCAGCUUGUACUCAUGAUGCCUAUUCUUUCUCUAGCCACUUGCUACCUCACAAACCCACUACUACCGCUGUCUCGAACACCAAGAGAAAGUUCAAUGGAGCAGUGGUAGCCGCUUUGGAUAACAAUGCAUGUGAUGAUAAUAGUGCUAUGAUUAUAAGAGAGCAGGAAACGAAGCAGAAAAGAUCGCUUAACUUCUCUGGAAAUAAGCCAUCUACACCAGUUCUUGAUACUGUAAACUAUCCAAUUCACAUGAAAAAUCUUUCCAUUCAGGAGCUUGAGAUAUUGGCUGAUGAACUGCGAGAAGAGAUAGUUUAUACAGUUUCAAAAACUGGAGGACACUUAAGUUCAAGCUUAGGAGUUGCAGAGAUAACAGUGGCACUUCACCAUGUAUUUAACACUCCUGAAGAUAAAAUCAUCUGGGAUGUUGGCCAUCAGGCCUAUCCACAUAAGAUUUUAACAGGGAGGAGAUCAGGAAUGCAUACAAUUCGACAAACUUUUGGGCUUGCUGGGUUUCCCAAGAGGGAUGAAAGUGAACAUGAUGCUUUUGGAGCUGGACACAGUUCUACUAGCAUUUCAGCUGGGAUAGGUAUGGCAGUUGGUAGAGACUUGGUAGGGAAAAACAAUCACGUAAUUGCAGUUAUAGGUGAUGGUGCUAUGACGGCUGGACAGGCAUAUGAGGCGAUGAAUAAUGCAGGAUAUCUUGAUUCAAAUCUCAUAAUAAUCUUGAAUGAUAAUAAGCAAGUUUCUUUGCCUACUGCUACUGUGGAUGGUCCUGCCCCUCCUGUUGGUGCUCUAAGCAAAGCCUUGACAAAGCUGCAAUCAAGCAGGAAGCUUCGCCAGCUGCGUGAAGCUGCGAAGGGAAUCACAAAGCAAAUUGGAGGGCAAACACAUGAAAUUGCAGCCAAAGUUGAUUCCUAUGUGAGAGGAAUGGCAGCUGGUACUGGCGCUAGUUUGUUUGAAGAGCUAGGACUCUAUUAUAUUGGUCCAGUAGAUGGGCACAACGUGGAGGAUCUUGUAAGUAUAUUAAAGAAGGUUAAGUCACUGCCAGCACCAGGACCUGUGCUUAUCCAUGUGAUCACCGAGAAAGGGAAGGGUUAUAGUCCAGCUGAGAUAGCUGCUGACAAGAUGCAUGGUGUUGUGAAAUUUGAUCCAACUUCUGGGAAACAAUUGAAGUCCAAAUCCAGUACUCUUUCCUACACUCAAUACUUUGCAGAGUCUUUGAUUGCUGAAGCUGAAGCAGAUGAUAAGAUCGUAGCUAUCCAUGCUGCAAUGGGAGGAGGCACAGGACUUAAUUUGUUCCAGAAACAAUUCCCAGAUAGAUGUUUCGAUGUUGGGAUUGCAGAACAGCAUGCUGUUACCUUUGCUGCUGGUCUAGCCACUGAAGGCCUAAAACCUUUCUGUGCUAUCUACUCUUCUUUUCUUCAAAGAGGUUACGAUCAGGUUGUUCAUGACGUGGACCUUCAAAAGCUUCCAGUGAGAUUUGCAAUAGAUAGGGCUGGCCUUGUAGGUGCAGAUGGUCCAACCCAUUGCGGAGCCUUUGACGUUACUUACAUGGCUUGUCUACCCAACAUGGUGGUUAUGGCUCCGUCUGAUGAGACUGAACUGAUGCACAUGGUGGCUACAGCCGCAGCCAUUAAUGACCGUCCUAGUUGCUUUAGGUACCCUAGAGGAAAUGGAAUAGGUACCACGCUUCCACCGAACAACAAAGGGACACCUUUAGAGAUUGGGAAAGGAAGAAUUCUAAGAGAGGGAAGCAGAGUUGCUCUUCUUGGGUAUGGAACAAUUGUACAAAGUUGCUUGGCAGCAGCUGAUCUUCUUCAGAACUUCGGCAUCUCAGCUACAGUGGCUGAUGCCAGAUUCUGCAAGCCUCUUGAUGGAGAGUUGGUGAGGCAGCUAGCACAAGAGCAUGAGAUACUCAUCACUGCCGAAGAAGGAUCCAUUGGAGGAUUUGGCUCUCAUGUUGUCCAUUUCUUGUGCUUAAACGGAUUACUUGAUGGAAAACUUAAGUUGAGGCCUAUGGUGCUUCCUGAUAGAUACAUAGACCACGGAUCUCAAACAGACCAAAUCGAAGAGGCAGGACUCAGUUCAAAGCAUAUUGCAGCUACAGUAGUGUCACUGAUUGGAGGGCAAAAGGACAGUCUUCACCUUCUAAACCUAUAAGUUGGGAGGGAAAAAAGCACUUUUUCAAGUGUGAAAUAUUUACACCUUCUAAGUGGAGGGCGAAAUGUAUUCGCAAAUGUCGUCCCCGUGAUUUAUUACAUAUUUUUGUAUAUUUCAAAUAGCAAGGAGAGUGCUCUCCGUGAAAUAUUUCCUUGCAUGUACUGAAUUCCCGAACUCCAUUAUUUGAUUCCAACUCGAAACAAAUUCCAAGUAA